AUGGGCACUGGCUGCGCCGUGGAGAAAAACGUGCACCCGUCCCCGUGCGGCGUGUCAGUGUCAAACAAACCCCGAGCCAGUCGAGCGGAGGAGCGCCGGGGCUGCUCCUCACACAGACGUUACAUCAGCAGGAGCAGCAGGAGCAGAUAAAUAGAGGGAUUCAUGGAGGAGGGAGCGCUGGAUGCAUGCGCGCAUUGAUGAGUGUGAGCGGUCAUCUGGAGGGUUUUUUUUUUUUUCUCUUUUCUCGAGGAAUUUCAAAGUGGAUCGAGGCUGAUGGAGCUGCUGAGACUGAGAGCCUUGGACCGCUGACUGGCUGCAUUGUUGCAUGACGAGGAUGGAUUAAUCCUCCACUUUCACCAGAGGAAUUAAUUGUGUUGUUACCGCUCUCCAUGGUGCUCGAGGGCAGAGAGAUGGACGGCAUCGGGAACACCAUGCAGAAGAAGGCUGCAGAGCUGGAGCGGCUGGCCGAGGUGCUCGUCACCGGAGAGCAGCUGAGGCUGCGGCUCCACGAGGGGAAGGUGAUCAAGGAUCGGCGGCACCACCUGCGCACUUACCCAAACUGCUUCGUGGCCAAGGAGCUCAUCGAUUGGCUGAUCGAACACAAAGAGGCCUCAGAACGAGACACGGCCAUCAAGAUCAUGCAGAAACUCCUAGACCAGAGCAUCAUUCAUCACGUAUGUGACGAGCACCGGGAGUUCAAAGACAUGAAACUGUUUUACCGCUUCCGGAAGGACGACGGCACGUUCCCAUUGGACAGUGAAGCCAAAGUCUUCAUGAGGGGGCAGAGGAUCUAUGAGAAGUUGAUGAACACAGAAAACAACCUGCUGCAAACCAGGGAGGAGGAGGGCGGGACGUUCGAGCGCACGCUGGUGGCCUCUGAGUUCAUCGACUGGCUGCUGCAGGAGGGCGAGAUGCCAACCAGGGAAGAGACGGAGCAGCUGGGCCGGAGGCUCCUUGAGCAUGGCAUCAUCCAGCACGUCACGAACAAGCAUCACUUUGUCGACGGGCCCCUCCUCUACCAGUUCAGGAUGAAUUUCCGGCGGCGGCGGCGAUUGAUCGAACUCCUCCACGAGCGCGGCCGCUGCAUCCCAGAGAGUCACGACAGCCCCUUCUGUCUCCGCAAACAGAACUCCGAUGGAGGCAACACCAGCUUCCUCUCAGUGAGUCCCACCAAAGAGAUAAAGGUGGCGGUCGGAGUCCGGCGGAGCAGCAUGAGCAGCAGCUGUGGCAGCAGCGGUUAUUACAGCAGCAGCCCGACGCUCAGCAGCAGCCCACCUGUCCUCUGCAACCCCAAGUCUGUUCUGAAAAGACAAGUGAGUCCAGAGGAGCUGCAGACACCAGGAGGACCUUUCCUGAAGAAGACAUUCACUAUUGUAGGCGAUGCUGUGGGCUGGGGCUUCGUGGUGCGAGGCAGUAAACCCUGCCACAUUCAGGCGGUGGACCCCGGUGGACCUGCAGCUGCUGCUGGCAUGAAGGUGUGUCAGUUUGUGGUGUCGGUGAACGGCCUGAACGUCCUCUCUCAGGACUACCGGGCCGUCAGCAACCUGAUCCUAACCGGACCCAGGACGAUUGUCAUGGAGGUGAUGGAGGAGGUAUAAGUUGGAGAUGAGCCACGACAGAAUCCCUCUUUGCGCAGAAGGUCUUCAGAGGUUUGGCGUUGGACCUUGAAAGCUACAGCAACAGAGCAACAUGGACUAUUUGGGACGCACCUCCAGUUCUCCCAUGUUCCCAAGUUGUUUGGAUAAGGUGUGUAACCGAGAGACAGAGUGUGUUUUUUUUUCUUUUUUUAAAGAUGAGGGGAACUCAGCUCAAGUAAAUGAUUCAACCUGUAGACAAAACACAGGUCACACUUGAUUUUUUUUGUUUUUUCUUCUUUGAAUUUAGAGGUUCAAAGUGCAAAAGCCACUUCUAGAGAUGGUUAUCCAUCAAUGUGCCCACACAGACUACCAGUCUUACUGAAGAGGCACCCAGACUUUGCGUUUUUAUUUGAGUUUCAAACCGGAACCGUGUCGUGAAUCUGUUGCUGAACAUGAUGUGUGUUUAAAGGUCGUCAAGAUGGUGCGAGAUUGAGAUUAGAAGUGGGAGGCGAACGAGCAAAAGCUGCAAGCUUAAACAAGGAGGAAUAUUUAAUGUCGAUGGGAUCAGCGACCUCUCCCCGAGUUGGUCUCCCUGCAUGUAUGGAGGCUCCUGUCGGCUCAACACUGCCCUCUGCUGGGAGAGACGGGACGACACACAGCGAGGGAGCGUUCAUACUACAGUAACACAAAUCACAUGUCUUUGGUUUCAGGGUGAUUAAUGGUUUUUCCUUGCUUCGGGAGCCAUCGUAUAGGGAAAAAAAAUGACUAGCCUCAUCUUGCGAAUGAAAAUAACAACUAAAUUGAUGCCCAAAUGUAUGUGUAGCUGCUAGAAAGUAGUUAGUUUACAUGAUAAUAAAUGCAGUGAUGAACUGUAUGUGAGAUAUACAGGCACAAUGUACAUAGAGAAAGUUACGAAAAGACUUAACGCACAAACAAAGUGAAGAAGUCCUGCUUUGAAAAUACUGCCGUUUAGCAGCUGAAGCCUCAUUAUUGUGAAAACAAGCUGCAGCACUGAGAACAUCUUUGAGACUUUGCAAACAACCAUUUUUCAAAAUUAGAACUUACCACUCCUCUGAAUUAGUAUAUUUUUGUUUAGACUUCUUUUCUAACGUGACAUAAUAUUCAGACCAGAAACUUCCACGGUGACAUGAGAUGUCAUUAUUUGUUCCUGAGAACUCAGAGUUCUCGGCUCCAAAAUAUGUAUAUUUUUUCUUCUAACAAGUGUUGGAUUUUUUGCCUAAAAACAAACAAACAAAAUCCUGGAUAUGUUUCUUACCAGUUGCAAUGCCAAAUUAUUGUAAUCAGAGUCAUAUUAUGCCAACUAGAUUUUAUUUGGAAACUUAUGCACGAAGGAUUCACGUGACCUUAAAUACAAAAUUUGCAUCUAUAUAUGCUUUCAGAGUUUGAAUGAUAUUUAAGGGUAUAGGACUGCUAUAAUGACAGAAGCACUUGGAUGACAAAAGCUUUCUUUAUUAAUACAAUUAAGAGUUUGAAUAUGUACAUUGCACACACACAUAUACAGUAUAUGUAUAUAUAAAUGGUGUGAUGGAGCUAACAGAGCUAAGCUCUUGUUGAAUAUUUUUAAAUUCUGUGUUUCAAUUUCUGAAUCCAUAAACAAAUGGUAAAGGUCCAGUGUGUAGGAUUAAGGGGGGACACGUGCACAGACAAGUUGGAUAUGUGAUGUUUUCAUUAGUUUAUAAUCACCAGAAACUAAUGAUGGUUCUGUUUUUGCUACCUUACAAUGUCCGCAGGUCUUCCGCCAUGUUUGCCUCUUUUUUUGGUGUGUUUUUAGCAGCAAGGUGAAGUGAAGGGCCUUCAAUCUGCAACAUCAUUAUAAUAAUAAUAAUAAUAAUAAUAACUCAAUCCUACAUGCUGGACCUUUAAUUCACCUCCAGUGCACUGGAGUGGGUGCCAAGAGACACAGUUAUACAAUUAUUGAUAUCUUCCUUUUUUUGUUUAAAAAAACCCCUUUAAAGGAAAUCUACUCUUGAGUUAGCUGCAGUAAAGCUGCUGUAAGCAGUGUCAUCGUUUCCUCGUCUCCUUUCUUUUUUUUAAGGCAGCUCACUUUGCCUUUUUCUUUUCUUCAAGUACUUGACUUGUAAUAUAAGCCAUUCUGUCAGAACAGGAGGAUCCUGCUCUCUGCCUGUUCUCUGAGCCGACAGGACUGCCUCCUUAUGGAGUACUCUGUCCUGAUUGGAUAAAAUGUGCAGGGAUACCAGAAAAAUACAUUUUCUUGUACUGCAUGAGCAGGAGGAGGAGACACACGGGUUCCUGACCAAACACUCUAUAACGGUGAUCACUGUUGGAAUAUAGAGGUAAUUUUACACUUAUUUGAUAAGAAAAUAACACUUACAGCAGCUUUAAAGCAGGCUCCAGGUUUAGAUGAAUGGAUUUGUACAUCAGUUGCCUCCAAUUUAACACCAGAGUUUAACUGUAUGUUUAUAGAGUGUGCGAUUAUGUGCUUAGACAUACUAGCAUGAGAAGAUUACUUUUAAAAAUGUAUAAUUAAAAAAACAGAAGAGCACGAAUAAGCGAUGCUUGUAUCGUAUUACAGUGUACGUCUGUAAUCCAAGUUGACACGUGAGUCAACACUUGUUUGUUUCUAGACUAAAGAACACUGCCUGGUUCAAUGGAUGUGUACAAGUUUAGCCCAGACGAUACAGAUGCGGUCACCGCACCUCUUUCCAUUUGCAGGUGAACAUUUAUUCAGGAAAUCUUUUAUUGCCAAACAGCGUAAUGAACACACAGCAUGUACAGUAAUGCUACGGUGAACUUCCUCCGAGUGUCCGAGGUGACCUGCAUCCCAUCGUUCUUUUUCUCCUCAAUGUGCUUUGAUGUCGUAAGCAGUGAAACGCAUGAUUCCUGUCAAUCUGUGCCGAUGUAGCAUUAUCCUGUGAUCCAAAGCGCUUCUUCUUCAGCCUAUCGACAUGUAGGACUGACUUAUCUGACAAAUCAUUUCAGAAGUCCAGUAGAUUUGAGCCUUUUAGAAAAGUCUUUGUUUCAGAUUUCCAGAUUCUGCAACGGAAAUGAGCAGAACAAUAAAAGUUCUUAUGUCUAUUAUAUAAAUAAGAAGUUUAUGGAAUUGUUAUAGAUAAUUAUAGAGUGAUGUGCUCUAGUUGACUCUGACAAACAUUAUUAACAUUUUUCACAGUUGCUGAUCUCAAAACUCUCCUCAAAAUAUACUGUAUUGAGACUGGGCCACGUUAAGUUCUUGUCAGCAGGGUUUGCAGCGUUUGGAGACGAGAUAUUUGGGCACAGAGAUUUUAGUGUUCUUUCAUUGGAUUUUUCCACACAACAAUUCAGCAGGUAACAUGACAAACAUCACUUCCUUACCCCAAACUGCAGACAUGAGUAAAUCGAGGGGUGUUCAUCGGUCUGGUGUUUGAUUUAAAAAAAAAAAAAAAAACCUCACCUCCUGCCAUCUUUUAACCCCUGUAUCUGUAACUUUAACUGUGCGUGGAAGUGAUCUGGCUAGUGGGUUUUGUGAUUCUGUGAAAAGAUGGAAAAUGUUGGUCUGAAAGCAGUUUUCGAAAAGAGCACGGAGACUGAUGAUGGUCACGGCUGGGUGUGUUGGGAAGUGCAGAAGUGACGGAGGGAGCGUCUCGGAGGGGUUUUUCUCAUGAAACGGGUUCACUGACUGUUCAACAUUAAGCCUGAAAGCAUUUGCCUUAAGAACUUAUUUCGCUGCUAAUCACAGUUGGUGGUCAUGUAGUCUGUCGCUCUGCUCCCAUCUCUGUUCUCUCCGGUCAUGCGUCGCUUCUUUAGACAAUCAGUGUUUUAAGGACACCACCUCUUUUUAAUAGCACAACAGCAGUUUCAAAAAGCAGUGGUCUGACAGAAUGUAUCUCACCGUCAUCUUCUACAUCAUGCUGCUUUUUUCUAUGAAUCGGUUCGCUCGUUUAAUUAAAGGGACUCUUCUUCUGCUUUACGUUCACCUCAUGAGUGGCCCAAACUUUUUAUUUUCUGCGAUAUCAGAGACUGAAUGUUGAGGAUUUGACGACAAUAUAAGCUCACAGUACCACAGUCUGUUUGUGACGGAGCAGCUGAAGCUCAUUCUGAUGUACUGAUGUAUUAAACAGUUGAUUAAGUGUUUAAUAAACAAACGGAUUAUACUCUGAA